UACCGUAAUGAGAGUUGUAAACUGACUCCUGAUCAGCGACACGCGAGCUGGGCUUGGCUGUUCGAACAGGUAACGCAGUCGCUUACUUACAGAUAUCUAAAUAUAAAUGCAGGUUUAUAACGAACGCCAGCGUUUCAACUUCUGUCGAAGGGCCUAAAAGUUCGUCCUGAUGUCCAGCAUGGCAGACUGUGGCGAUGUCGACUGUUCUGUAAAACACCUGUCACCCUCUAAGCUGAUAAAGGAAGUAGUAGAUAGUUGUGCAGCUGAUUCUUCCAUCUCCUCCACCAAUCAGGAGUGUGCAAUCUGCCUGCAGAGCUGCGUGCAUCCCGUACGUCUGCCAUGCUGCCAUGUCUUCUGCUUUCUGUGUGUGAAAGGUGCAUCCUGGCACAGCAAGCGCUGUGCUCUCUGCCGCCAAGACUUCCCUGAGGACUUCCUGGAGAAGCCGGUUUUGAUUUCACCUGAGGAGUUGAAAGCAGCAGCUGCAGGGAUGAGCCGAAGUGGAGGGACCAGGGGCGACUCUGUGUGGUACUAUGAGGGUCGCAAUGGCUGGUGGCAGUAUGACGAGAGGACCAGUUGUGAGCUGGAGGAGGCUUUUGCUAAUGGGAGGAAGAGCACGGAGAUGCUGAUUGCUGGGUUUCUGUAUGUGGCUGAUCUGGAGAACAUGGUUCAGUACCGCCGCAAUGAGCAUGGACGUAGACGCAAGAUAAAGAGGGACCUAGUUGAUAUCCCCAAGAAAGGCGUUGCAGGACUGAGGUUGGACCCUGAACCUGUUUUGCCUGUUGUUACCAGAGCAGCAGAUCGUGUGAGUUCAGCCGAUGGGUUGGACACUGCAGCCCAGCUGCAGCCUCUUCCUCCUCAUAGACCUCAAACAGUUCUUGGUCACCAUCUCCCCAGUCUUCAGCCAACACUGGAGGAGUCGCUCUCCCAGCUCCUAAUCAGCCAGCCAGAGGAGGAAGAGCUGGAUGGAGACCAUCAGCGGAACAAUCAGACACAUGAGUCCAUUAGCAGUGAGAGUGACGGUGAAAACCAAGAGCCAGAGAGAGGAAGAGCAGAACUGAUGCCACACCAAAGAAGAAGGAACCUGGAGGAAAGUGAGCCAACCAGGAUGCCUCAGAGGGGCGGGGCCUCCAGCUCAGUGCUCAGCCUGUGCUCCCGUAGUCCAGAUGGACAGUGCACCAUUACAGAAGUGUGACCGUUUGAAAACUCAAGGCUCUCAUGGCAUGAAAAAUCAUCUGUUUUCCCAAAUGUCUUAAAUGUUUUCAGCUAUUUUUAUAUUUAAGCAUGUUGAAUCUCCAAGAAAAAAUACUAAUUGAAUGUGAUGGGCAUAUGCCCUCUAGGGGGCAGUAAAUGCCCACAUCUAAAUUUUAAAGUAUAAAAUUUGAAUAUUUGGUGCCCCUAAACUUUAUCAUCAUUCAACAUAGCACAUCCCGCCAGAUGUGGCACUAACAUCAGACCAAAUGUGAAGGAAGGAAAGGGCUGCUGAGAUACUAAAGAGCAAACAAUUGUGCUUUUGUAGCUGUAAAGUUGGCAGAAUUUCAUCUAUUCAAAUUGUCACAAUGGUCAACAGGCAGGUUCAGCACAAAAUAAAAUGUCCUCUGAGCAGCUUCUGGGAACGAGCUUCACAGGCAGACUGGAGUCGACUGGUUCUCGUCUGCUCCAUGGUGGGAUAUUUAAAAAAAACAUUGUAUAUAUUUUUACUGAAUCAUCAGACUUUGACCAAUUUGUACUUUAGUAAGAAGGUUGAGGUCAUUUCCUGCCUGGUCCUUUCUGUGUGGAGUUUGCAUGUUCUCUCUCGUGUUCGUGUGGAUUCCCUGUGGGUGCUCCGGACUGGUGUCCUGUCCACCGUGUGCACCGCCUCCAGACCCUUAACUGGAAUGAGUCCAGAAAAUGAACGAGUAAUCUGGUAAUACACUCGUUAACAUUAAAGGUUUGUGUAAUACUUUGUCCUGCUAACAACUCUGUUUAACAUGUUUAAAGUUUUAAUCUCACAACUGGUCUUUGAUGUCAGUUUUCCUUAAUAUGUAUUCAGGACCAGUCGUGUGUGUGUGUGUGUUGAUCCCUGGUGAUGAGCUGUUUCUAAUUUUAUAAAUCUACAGCCUCUAUAAGGCAUUUGAGAGAUUUCAAUUUGUGGAAACUACACAAAUAAAUGUUUUCACGUUGUGAGAAUGAGCAAAUUAUCAAAUCAGAAUUAAAAAUGACAAUCCCCCCCCGCCCACCCCUGUCAAAUACAAUUUUUCACCUCUUGAGUGAUUUUUAUGAAUUACUAGUUUAAAAUUUUGCUGAUUUAGACUUUAUUUUAAUAGUUCGUAAUCCACAC